AUCAGUUUAUAGCUUGUAUAUAAUAUGAUAUUUGCACUAUCUUGUUACAUAAUUUAUAAAUUAGGAUAUAACAUGGAUGAUAAUGGAGCAUAUACUCAAUCUAUACUGAGAAGUUCCAGAUUCUGGGUUCAAAAGGUUAUGGUUCCCACUUUACUUUGUCUAGGGCUGAUUGGUAAUACGAUAACAGUAAUGGUACUUACAAGACGGAGAAUGAGGAGUUCCACUAACAUAUACUUAUCUGCACUUGCCGUUGCCGAUAUAAUUCAUCUUAUCUUCGGAUUUCUGUUAUCGUUCGAACAUUAUGCUAAUAUUCAUGACAGAAAAUAUGAACUUUACUGGAGAUUUUAUGGAUUAACGCACUGGCUAUGUGAUGCAGCGAGUGCAACAUCGGCUUGGUUAGCAGUUUCAUUCACUGUAGAAAGAUACAUAGCCGUAUGCCAUCCUGUGAAGGGGAAAGCGAUCUGUACUGAACGAAGAGCUAAAAGUGUUAUUGUAAUUGUAUAUAUCUUCUGUAUUUUAACAACAAUUUCGACAACAUUCGAAUAUCAACUUACGUUCGACGAUUUGUGUAUAAAAGAAUGUCCUCUCAAAGAAUUCAAUGAUAGUAAUGUGAAGUUUGAUGAUGUCAGUAAUGUGACUGAUUUAGAGCCUACGAACUUAAAUUCGAGUACUAAUUCUAUUUCAGAACCGAAUGAUUUGAACGAAUAUGAAAAGCACAUAAAAAGACAAUUGAAAAAGAUUUUAGCGAAUUGCACGAAUCAUCCUCAUAUAAUAUUCAUGCCUAUAUAUCCUCAAGUUUUAAAUUCAACCCAAGAGGUACAAAAAUACUCAAAGUUCGUAGAAACGCAAAUAGGGCAUUUAUUCAAAAAUGAAAAUGAAAAUAUCGGUGGAAAUGAGACCAAACAAGAAGAGCACCGGAUUAUUCCCAAAAAAACCUAUUGCUGUGAGGAGCGUUUAAGAAUCGAUGUAGAAAAUACGGAAUUGGGGAAAAGUAAAACUUAUCAAGAUUUCAUUUAUUGGUACAGUGCGCUAUUUUUCGCUAUAAUACCUUUAAUAUUAAUAGCCACUUUCAAUUGCUUUUUGAUAAGAACUGUAUAUUUAUCACAGAAGAUCAGAAGAGUAAUGACAAACUCACAGGAUAAUGUUACAUCGACACAGGAGAAGAGAAUAACCAUAAUGUUGAUAGGCAUUGUUUUCACCGUUCUAAUAUGUACAAUUCCAACAGCUGUUCAUUUGAUUUAUUAUCACUUCAAUGAACCAGUGAAUGAAAGAGAGAGAAAUAUACGUUUAAUUUUAGGAAAUUUCUGUAACUUCAUGGUGAUGAUGAAUGCACCUUGCAAUUUCUUAAUUUAUUGCUUAUUAAGCAAGAAGUUUCGAGUAACCUUCAAAAAGAUGUUUUGGGAAUAUAGAAGAGGAAAACAAAUUGAUAUAGAUACAGUAUUGUUAAGUUCGUCGAAAGGCAGAAAUUCCAAAAAAUUUAAUGUUUACAAACAUGGUGUCAUGAAAAAAAUGGCAAGCGAGUAUCGUACUCCAAGAAAUUUGGAGGUAACUAUAUAUUACUUUAAUAAAGGAAAGUACGUGAAUACAUAUACAGUAUGCGUGAAGGUGUAAUGGCUAUUUUUUCUACUACAUCUAAAUUUAUAAUGGGCACAUAGCUUAACUAGUAUACCACGAUCCAAAUCUAUGAUGGCGAGACCAAUAGGAAAAGCUAAAUCAUGUGAUUUGAAUAUUUAGAUACUACAAUAAGGUACACAGAUGUUGACGAUUCUCAACAUCAUAAAUACCUAUAAUAUAGGACUUGAAAUUUGAUGUAUAUAGAUGUAACCUACCUCAUACCAAAUUCUGAUCAAUAUUCCUCAAUUUUUAAGAACAAUUGUGAUUUAUGUGAUGGAAAAAUUUAAUGAAAUUUGACGAAUAAAUGCUAAUAAAAUUAUUUCAAACAACUUA